CGGCCAGAAGAAGCAUCCGGGCCUUGUCGGAUAAUUCCCUAUUCCAGGAAUAGCAAGUUUACUGGCCGUAAAGAUCAUAUUGAGUCGAUAAAAAGUCUUUCCACGCGUAACGGCCACAACCGGAUCGCACUUCAUGGACUCGGCGGCUCUGGGUAUGUAUUCAUUAUUGCUACUAGUAUUUCGGGAGUUUGCUAAAAUUACUCAGAAAAACUCAGAUUGCCCUCGAAUACGUUUAUCAGCGCGCAAGCGAGAGCGAUUGUGAUAUUUUCUGGGUGCACGGGAGUGGGGUACAAAAAUUCAGUGAGGGUUUCAGAGCUAUUGCGCGGCAUGUUCGAAUCCCACUGGCCACCGUUGAUGCAGACCAAGAGGGAUUCCUAUUAAAUAUAAGGAGAUGGUUUGAAGGUCCAGACAGUGGCGAUUGGAUAUUGGUUAUUGACAACGCCGACAAUGAGGAGGACUUUAAGGGCAACAGCGGUCCAAUCUCCAAAUUUGUGCCACAAAGCCAAAGGGGCACCCUAAUAUUUACCACCAGAUCACUCCGGGUUGCAUCCUGGCAGGAUUGCGAAAGGAUCGAUGUCGGAAAAAUGGGCGAGGAGGAAGCCGAGGACUUGUUCUCGAGACGCCUUGGUAGAUUGAACAAUGUGAGAGAUGAAGAAAAAGAGGCGAUCGCAUUGAUCCUGGACUCUAUGCAGCACAUCCCGCUAGCUAUCGUGGGAGCGGCAGCAUUCAUAACAGAAACCCAGACACCACCAUCCACUUACUGGUCAAUUUUUCGGGGGAGCGACGAACAAGCCAGAAGACUACUUUCACAACCGUUUUACGAUAUCCAACGAGAGGCGGAUAUGACUGAAGGCAUCCUAGCUACGUACUUUGUCACCUUUGACCGAAUCACACAGCAAAUGCGCCUAGCCGCAGAACUUCUGCGUUUAAUUGCCUUCUUCGAUCGUCAGAACAUACCCGAGGAGCUAUUGAACCAAAGCGGUUUGGAAGGGGCGGAUGAUCCAAUCGAGUUUCGCCAGGCCAUUGGAAAACUAUUGGGAUUUUCGCUAGUCACGACUGUCAAAACUCAUAACAAGACGUUUUACGAGGUUCAUCGUUUGGUCCAACUGUCCUUGCACGUGUAUUUACCAACAGAGGAGUUGAAUCGAUGGAGGGCUACUGCGCUAGGAGUAGUUUCCAGCUUGUUCCCCCGGAAUUGGAGCACGUGGAGAUAUAUAGGUUCUGAAUACAUUCCACAUAUACUUGCAGUUACCGAAUAUUCUACGGAUCCUAUUGCCGAAGAGCUUU